AUGGAGGACCUCGCCCUUCAUCUGGAUAUCUUCGGGCAACAACAAGGGCUCUACAAGCUAUAUACUCAGUUAUGUCUGUGCUUUCCGAUGGGUGGUGGCUCGUCCCAAUCAGACAUUAUCGACACACUGACGAAAGGGCUCGAGAGACUGACUGCCAGCUUUCCGUGGGUAGCAGGCCAAGUACUUCGCGAAAGCCCAGGUGAUGGCGCCCGGAAUAUUUACAGAAUCAAGCCCUUCGAGAAGACGCCUCGGUUGGUGGUCAAGGAGCUCCACGAUGGGCCUUGGACAGCAACCAUGUAUGUCCUUCGACGGAACAAUUUCCCUUUCCGCAUGCUGGACGAGUCCCUAAUUGCUCCCAUCAACACACUGGCUGCGGGGACAGACGGUCCAGCGCCGGUUUUUCUGAUGCAGGCCAAUUUCAUCACAGGCGGUCUGCUGCUCACCUUUGUGACGCAGCAUAAUACAAUGGACAUGACGGGCAUGGCCCAAAUCAUGUACCUCCUCUCAAAGGCCUGUCAUAAUGAGCCAUUCACAGCCGAAGAAGUCUCUAACGGCAACCUCGACCGGCGCAAUCUCAUCCCACUCCUGGACGAAACCUACGAACCGGGGCCUGAACUCGCCUAUCAGAUUGGGAAGCCUCCUGCACAUCAAUCCGCAUCAAAGGCUGCGGAAGGCCAAGCUGCACAACCACAACCUCCAAAGUGCAGCUGGAUCUACUUUGAUUUCUCCGCCGCGUCCCUCGCCCGCCUAAAAUCGCAGGCAAUGCAAUUCAUCACCAGCCAAUCAGGCUAUGUCUCGACCGACGACGUUCUGAGCGCUUUCAUCUGGUUAUGUGUGGCCCGGGCCCGUCUUCCCCGCCUGGAGGCUAACAGGGAGACAACUUUGGCGCGGGCAAUCGAUCCACGGCGCUACCUGGGCAUUCCAGCCACAUAUCCGGGACUCGUUCAAAACAUGACGUACUCUACGUACACAUUCGAGAGACUACUCAAUGCACCACUAGGUCACAUCGCCUCGAAACUCCGAGAAGCCAUCGACCCUGCAACUUCAAACCUGGCCUACGCGACCCGCGCGCUCGCGACACGGCUUCAUCGCUCACCGGAGGACAACAGUAUCAACGUGACCGCAACGUUGGACCUGUCCGCGGACAUCAUGCUUAGUUCCUGGGCCAAGUAUGAUUGCUACGACCUCGAUUUCAACCUGGGAUUGGGAAAGCCAGAGGCUGUUCGCAGGCCGCAGUUUGUGCCGUUGGAGAGCCUGUUCUACUUGAUGCCCAAGAGGCCGGACGGAGAAAUUGCAGUGGCGCUGUCUUUGAGGGAGGAGGAUCUGGACCGGCUGAGGAAGGAUGAGGAGUUUAUGAAGUAUGCCGUGUAUAUUGGGUGA